GAGUUGAAUGAUCUCCUCAAAUUCCUAGGUGAAUUGAGGAAGCUUUUGCUCUUUUUGUCCAUUGCUUGCUUCACAGUGGAGUCUGCCUUUAAAUGCUUUUUACCCAACAAAGGUGUUUCCGGUUGCGACUAUUCUUUGUGCAAAUUUCAACCAGAUUGGCAGGAUGAUAUGACUUACUACUAUGAGGAAAUUUCUGGAGUCCACCUUUUUUGGUCACCACUUUCUAACAUAUCCAAUCCGUUUGCAUAUACAGUAUUUUUAAAAUGGGCUCCCAACUGUUGUGAGAAGUUAGAAAAAGUUUCAUCUCCUAUCAAUAGAACCCGGAGAUACAUGCUUAAACAUUUUCCUGUGACUAUAUGGGUAACAGCUAAUUAUUCCCAUGAAAGCUGUGUGACAACAAAGAACAUUACAAUCGUGCCUAGAAAAAUAGAAAAAUGCCCUUCACCUUUCAAUGUAAACACACAACAAUUAUUCAAUAAGCUAAUAAUAACAUGGGAGUCGCCACAAAAUAUACUAGAGUAUGAAUUGCAAUACAAGGAAGCAACGCAAAGAACCUCAUCCUGGAUACCGGUCUCCAUGGAAAUGAAAGCCUUUAAUGUUACUAUCUCUGGUGUAAACCCAGCAGCAUCCUACAUGGUUCGCCUUAGAUGCAUACCCAAGAAUAACCACUGUUCUGUUUGUCUUUGGACAGAAGAAACUAGUAUUCCAUAUAAGCUUACCAAAAAGCCUACAAUUUUGAAAAAUAUAACUAAAGAGAUCUCACCAGGAAAAAGAAGUUUCUUUCUUACAUGGGAGACUUAUGAAAGCAAGCAUACCAUUGGAUAUUUCAUACAUAUUAAGAGAAUUCUUGACUCCUUCCAUGGAAUAACAUAUCUCAACAUAAAGAAAACGUGCCUGCAUCUGAAUCUCUCAAUGGCAGCAUACGAUAUUAAAAUCACUGCCUAUAAUGAACACGGAAGCUCAUCCUCAAUGACAUACAGGGUUCCAGAUUUCGUAUCAACAUAUUCAGAUUUACCUGGUCAUCUCAUUAUUUCAAAUUGGCAAAAUUAUACUAUUAUAACCUGGAAUCUAAAAUAUAACCCUGAUUGCCUGGCUAUUGAUUGGGGCACUGGAAUAGAAGACAUGAAAUCUAAAAGUUUAUGUCAAAAUGAAACAAACGUAAUACUUGAUCACCUCCAACCUUAUCAGUUAUAUAAAGUAAUGCUGCAUGCAUUGGACCGCCGAAGCAAGGACUUAAUGAAAGAUGAACGGACACUGGCAGUGGCCAACUUCUACGCAGUGGAAGGAGUCCCCAGGAUAGGUCCAACUAAUGUAACAAUUUCAGCAGUGACCAAACGUUCAGCUGUUGUGAAUUGGACUGAGAUACCUACAAAAGAUUGCUUGGGUUUCCUUUUGGGAUACAGAAUUCACUACACAGAAGUCACAAACAGCAUCUCUUGGGCUGUUACUCUCAAUUCUUCAAUGAAACAGCACCGCUUGGCUGAUCUUAAGGCAAAUACCCAUUAUACAGUCCACAUUUCUGGCAUCACUAGAAAGGGAGAAGGAGCUCAAAGCCAGCCUCAGGAUUUUACUACCCUGAAAUAUGAUCAAGGAGAAUUUAAAGGAAUGGUUGUUGGCCUCUGUCUUGGCCUCAUAAUAAUUCCAGCUAUUACUAUCGCAAUUUGUUCCUCAGUACUGAAACGAUCAAGAAAAUUUUGCUGGCCACCUGUCCCAAAUCCGAGAGAUAGCCGUGCUAUGCAAGUUGCAGAAAGAACUUUUCCAGUGGCUCUCCUGAGACCCAGCUUACAACCAUUGCUUCCUUCAGCACCACUGAACGAAGCUGAUAAGCUUUAUGUGAUAAAGGAUGAUUUGGAAGCAUUUCCUCCAACAAGUCCAGCAACUGGGAGAGUUUCCACGGAGUAUUCUGAAGCAGUUGUACGGGAAAAGGAAGUAACACUUCCCAAGCCUCAUAACAGAGUAAAUGCCAGUGAGAAGGCAAAGGCAGGCCUUCACCUUGAUUAUAUUGGUAUGGAAUUCAGUCACAAAGCCAUGCAGCAGCUUUCAGAGAAUCUGCCUAUGAAAAAGGUCCAUCUCUAACAGGAGUUGUCCAAAACCUCAGGAAGCAAAGAAGAAUCACCGGUAUCUUGCUGUUCUUGAGAUCCUGUGAGGUAAAGCUGAUGAUGCUUCAGGCAGUAAGCCGAUCGUCAGAAAGUAUAUCAAAAUAUGAGCAAAAGCCUCUUAUCACUAGAUGGAGGAAAUGUAAUUAGAAUUCAUAUUGGCAUAAGUAGCAAUUGUUUGAUAGAUUAUAAUCAGACAAUCUUAUUGAAAUUAUUUCAUUAUAUUUCAUAUAUCAUUGGGAAGGAUCUAAUUAUAAUACAUCUGAGUUUAAGCUCCACCAUACAAUUAUAUUAAUUUCUACUAUGGGAAUUUAAUUAUUUUUAAGCCUAAUGAUUUUUUACUUGAAGCAAUUCAGCACUAUAUUUCUAGAGGGAUGUUGUGAGAUAUUGAAGCCAUCCCUCCCUAGUUUAAAGGCAUUGGCACUAUCUUGGUCCAUUCUUUGCACAUGCUUUUUUCUAAUGUACGUUAUGCCCAAUGUUUUUCACACUGCAGUUCUAUUUGUAGCAAUGUAGCAAAAAAGCUAUUUUCAAAUUGUGCUAUUCAAGUUGUCAAAGCUUGAACAAUUUCAAUUAACGUAACAGUAGUCUGAAAUAAAGGCCACAUUGCUUUUGAUCCCUGUAUUACUUUAUAUGAAGGUAAACAAAUGCUAACAGAAAUUAAUAUAUCAAAUACCUGUAUUAAUAUUUUUGCAAUGAACCAUACUGUCUUUUUUAGCUAAGCUUACCAAUUGUUCGUUCCUGAAGCUCUCUCGAUAUGAAUAAAGUCACUUAUUAGUUAAUAUUUACCAAUCAAAAGAAUUCAUGCUAUUUGGAAGUGGCUUGAUAGCAGAAUGUGUGGUAAGGCAGUGGAAAUUAAAACCAGUACAGUAUUUUUCAUGCUUUCGAGUUUAACUCCCCUACUCCUCCGUUGUGUUAUGACUUUAUCUUUGAUGGCAGUGUGGAAUAAUUAUUUAUAUUGCUAGAACUCUUGGAAGUGUAAGGUAAAUCGCCAGCUUAAUUGUUCUAACAUGUUUCAAAGUCCCAUAAGGAUCUAAAACUACCUUCUAUUCCCAGUACCUUGUCAGCAACAUUUAGCAAAGUUAGCUUCUUUGGCACCUGUGCUCUUUCCACAUUAACUCAAGAUGCUAUGGCAGGCCACAAGGUCAUCAUACCCACCCAUUGUACAAUCCUUGUUAUCUCCAAAUCCGUCAUGUCUGUAUCUGACAUUAAAGACAAGAUUAUUCUACAACCUUGAUCUACACAUUUGUGGUUAUAAUGCAUGAGGCAGAAAGAUAGGCUGUGUCCUUGCUAACAAUUUUAUGGAAAUUUUAAAAAAGUAAAUUCAACUUGAUAACUUAUGUGUUUUAAACUGACAGCAUUAUACUGUACUAUACAAGACCUUUUUGUCACAUUGAAAUAAAUUUGUAUA